AUGGUGAGGAAGAUGGGAAUCAGAAAACGACUGUUGAUGAAGAGACAAUCCAAGACCACGGGAAAGAUUGUUUCACAGCAUUUAAAGUACGUAAAUUACAUUUUAGGGCCCCAUGGCCGCUGGUGUGAGCUGGCGCUCGGCGCGAGCGAGGGACGACGGAAGGGACCGGCAGGUGUGGGCUGGGGCCGCGCAGCCAGACGGCGGGAGUGGCAGGCGCUCGGUGCAUGGGCCAGUGAGGGCGCGCGGAGAUCCCCUCGCCGCGGCGGAGGCGGAGCAGCACCGGAGCAAGGCGCUGCCCGGCAACCCUGCGUCCGAGCGAGCGGAACCUCGCGCUUCGCCCGGGGACGGUCCGAAGUCCGCGCUAUGGAAGAAGAGAAAUAUUUGCCUGAGCUGAUGGCAGAGAAAGAUAGCCUGGAUCCAUCCUUUGUGCAUGCAUCGCGCCUUUUGGCGGAAGAUUUGGUAGAAUCUUAUUUAUGUUUCUUUAAAAAGGAUACACUGGCAAAAAAAUUAAAUUCAAGUUAUUUUUGAUCUACAAUUAAAACAAAUCUGUGACAUAGUGAAAAAAUUCUACUUCAGCAAGCAAAUAACUUUGGAUUGAAUAUUGGCACUU